CCCAUAUGAUAAGUUAUCAGUCAACGAUUACACUCCCUUAAACUUCAUUUGAAUGUAGUUGAAAAAUACUAGUACCACAGUGUAGCGAUUGAUUCAAUAGAAAAUAAUUAAUGGAUAUGUUGAAGCUUGAUAGGAAUAGAACGAUUUUGGUUCUUUUAACCGCACUUUUGUGUCUUCUCACAAUUUCGUUGGCAACUGAAUCUUCGAAAAUUCGUUCUUAUAAAAUUUUAGAGGGAGACAAUCUGUUGGUGAUUUGUAAUGUAACAGACAGUCCAGACAUUGAAGUCUUCUGGACUAAAAAUGACUCCAAAAACUCCUUUAUGCAGCAAGGGAAACGUUUGGAAAUUCUUGACAUUAAACGGUCCUACACUGGAGAUUACAUUUGUCACGCGCUGAAUACGUCAUUUCCCGUGUCGGAUUACAACGAGACAGAAGUGAAUAAGACCGUUAACGUCAUACAUGUUGAUGUUCAAUACCCUGCAGAAAUCGAUUCAUUCUCCAUUGGACCAUAUGAAUUGUUUGAAAAUCAGACCUUUACCAUCUCGUGUAAUAUGCAAGCUCAUCCAGAUCCAGCAUGGACAAUACGUAACCGAGAUACUGGUCUCGCCUUUAUGUCUGCCACAGCGUCAGCUGGUGCUACACUAACAUCGCCUAGCGCACGAUGUGAAUAUAUGGGCUAUUGGGAAUGUACUGGGAGCAACGCUUUGAAUAAUGGCGUAAAUGUUACAAGGGGACAUAAUAUCACUAUUUAUUGUUCUCCAAGGCCACAAUACCAAAAGAACACGUAUGUGGUUAGAUCAACAGUCGGUAAACAUAUUGAAUUGAAGAUGUAUGCCCAAGCCUAUCCGAAAGCCAAUUACACAUGGUCAAAAGAUGGCGGGCAGGAUAUUUCAAACAUCACACAAGUAGACAUUGGCGAUGAAACUACUUUGUCAUUUCCAGCGAUGUCAGUACAAUAUUUUGGAAACUAUACACUGAAAAUGCAAAAUGAAUAUGGAACUUAUUUUGCCCAUUACAGGAUAGUUGCUGAUGGUGCACCGGAGACGCCGACAAAUUUACAAUUCUCUGACGUGACCUUUGACAGUGUGAAGUUACAGUGGACCUCAGGUUUUGACAUGGGUUCACAACAACAUUUCAUUGUGAUGAAGCUAUCCGGAAACCAUUAUAUACAGCUGUCGAGUUGGAUAUACGACAAUUCGGUAAACCAUGGUAUCAAUCAAAGUUGGACACAUGUAUUGAGCGGUUUGGUCAGUGAUACACAAUACAAUCUAACCAUUGUUUCCCAGAAUGCGGCAGGAUUCACAUCGCCUCUUGCAAACCCAUCCAUUUCCUUUAGGACAAAGCGAAUACCCUACGAAAAAAAGCAUAAGGUUGACGCGAAGCUGAUUGUAGGAGUAACACUCGGUACCAUUGGAACAGUGGGAAUGCUAGCAUUUAUCGUUUACAUACUGAAAUAUAGACGACUUAGGACGUCGUAUGCAACUAUGAGUGGCAAGAAAGGCAAAUUCUGAACAAGUUUCCUGGCAGGGCAAUAAGCAUAUGAUCUUUGUUUGAACAAACGUGAUGUGUGUGACUUCCUCGCUUAGAGGAAUGUACAGAAUUAAAAAUGCAACGACGAAUACUUGAAAACAGAAAGCUUGAACUGAAUAAUACUCAAUAUGGAUUAUGAUGAGAUUAUAUACUUUUAUAUUUCUACUGGUUUCCAGCACCAGAAAUAUCAAUAAUCUGAGUAGUUCUGUAUACAAAGAGGAUAUUUGUUUGUUUCAGUGUAAGACUGAAACAUCUUUCCACGGGUGAACACCAAAUGCAGUAUUUCAUAAGUAACAUAGUCACGAGAGAAAAUGUAAGAUAUGGUGUUCAUGGAUGAAAAGAAUUUUGAUCUUACUUGUAAAACAAACAAAUUUUCUUUUUAUUUCAGGUCAUUUGACUAAAUUUACCCAUUUUAUAGUUUCUUACCAGUGAAAAAUAUAUUUGAUAUUCUUAACUGAGACAAUACUAGAUGUAUUUCACUCUAGUAUUUCGAUAAUUCAGCGAAAAAUAUGUAAAAAGUAUUAACAAAACGAAACAAUUGUGUUUUGAAAUUACGUGUAAACAUUUAAUACAUCCCAUCAGUUUGUAAUUAUAUUGUAUAUUUGGUUUCUAAAAGUUUCAUAUCUAAUUUUAAUUAUUGUAUGCAUACAAUAGAAUGGCUGGAUGAAUCAUUUGUUUUGUUCUUUUUGCACAGAAUAUCAUACAAAUUCUUAUUUAUUCUGUGAUCCAGCAUUCACAGUAAUAUGAUAAAACCUGAUUCAUGGAUCCCUGUCAACGCCAAUAUUACAUCUGUCACAAGGUGAGAAAAAUGUGCAGCCAGACCGGUACUCGAACCCGCGGCUUCGGAAUACCGUUCCGAUGCUCUACCGACUGAGCUAUCCGGCCACCUAUGCAUUUUCAACCCGUUUUAAUAUUCAAGUCCUAUACAAAUCCAUGAUAUGUUUGCCACAUACAGGGUAUUUUGUUAGCUUAUUCUCUCCAAGAAAAAUACAGAUUUGUAGAAAUAUUUUGUCGCUUUAUGUACCAUAUCACUAUACUAUUUACAA